AGGGACGCGUGCAGUUGUCGCGAAACCUUCCGCGCGUUUCUGCAUCCUUUGGUGUGUCCCUUGGUGCGUCCCGUGGCGUUGCGUCCCAUGGAGCGUCCAGUGGAGAGCUGGACGUUAAAAAAAUAAGGAAUUCUUUAGAAAUUUCGAAUUGCAGAUUCUCAUAGAGAAAAAAUCUCUCCUUUCUCGUCUCGUCAUGCGAAACGAUUAUAUUACGGUCAACGCCAUGAAGCGGAAAGAUAUUUCGCUGACGUCUUAUAAAGUUUGUCGGUUAUCGUGAUCCACGGGAUGACCCUCCACCUUUGGACGAGCAACGAGAGAAGACAAAUCCGGCAUAAGAUAUAAUCGCGUGAUAUGUCACGAUCAGGAAACUGAUGUAAAACGAUUGUACAACUCGAAGAUUACUUCGGUUAUUCAACGAUGAAUCGGGAAAACGAAGAGCAGCAACCCGUUUCUCAAACGUUUUGCGGAGCGUUGCAGAAGGAACCCAAUUGCAAGUGUUUAGUACUUUCCGUACUGAUAUAUGGAUGCCUCGCGGCAGUUACGUGGUGUAGGUGCGCUAAUGUUACCAAGGUUGUAAUCAACUUCUCCAAGUACCUUAUCAAAAGUACUAAGCACGUAUCUCCAUGUGACGAUGGUUAUAUAUAUAUUCCAGUUGCCUUUAUGGGAAUGCUUUAUCUCGUGUACCUGGUGGAGUGUUACCAUUCCCCGAUUAGAAUCGAUCUGUCCCACGCGGAGAGUCAAGACUGUGUACUCUUGAAAUUAAAUCAACUAAGGCUAGCCCAACCGACGAUCUGGUGGAAGGCCGUUUCCUAUCAUUAUGUACGUAGGAAACGGCAAAUCACCCGAUAUAGAAACGGAGACAAUUAUACGACGACUCAGGUUUAUUACGAAAGGGUGAAUACUCACGCUGCCACGUCCUUCUAUUACUACGAUUACUGUGGGGUGAAGGAUAUCAGCAAGGAACUGAUACCCGAUCCAAAAGUACCCAUCACGAAGAUCGCGCUGACCAAGGGCUUCGCCUUUUCAAACAUGAGAUCCGCCACGGAAUUUGAGGAAGCCAGGUCAAGGUUCUUCGCUGAACAAGAACUGAGAGACGACUACAUGGAGAUGAGGGAAGGCUUGGAACUUGGAUGUAAUCUCAAUCCCACAACUUUAGUCGCCGUCCUUGGUAAACCUUGGUUCACCAAUCGUUACGUUUAUUGGUGCCUUAGCGCUCUCCUUCUUAGUUGGCCCUUGAGAGUAAUCAUAGAGUACAAUACGCAAUACGCCGACUAUCAGGUGACUAAACUAUUUGGAGUGAACUAUGAUACACCGAUCGGUGCCGAGCCAAUACGUACUUCCACUAGUCAAUUGAGUCAACCAGGAUCUUACAUGUUGGCACCAAGUUACAGUGAAGCACUCCUCAUGGAACCAGCAGCUCGACCUACCACAGAAAAUCGACAGAUCGAAGCAGAGCCAGGAACAGAGUCCGAGAUCGAUAUGGGAAUAGUUCCUAGUUACUCCGAAGCAUUGCUUUACGAACGAGCUGAACUUGGAUCGAACGUCGCCGGAACUUUUCCAUUGAUUCAAGAAGAAAGAAAGGAACUCAGAGUGGAGAUCAAACCGACGUGCCAAUGUCUCUGUCAUAAAAUUUCCAACGACUUGGAGGUCGUUCAGGAACAAAAUCUUUCGGAUCAUGUGGAAGAUCGAGACUCUACUUACGUAACUUUGGAUCCUACGUCUAUCGCUAGCAGUUCGAUGUGUCAGAACGAUAUUUCAAAUGACUUUGAACUUGUAUCUUGUUCGUGCGGUCACCAAAGUUCUUACACGUGUCCCAGUGUUUUGGACAAAAAUAAUCUCGGUGAGAUUACUGUUAAUAACACUAGAACAAUGGAUAGGACCGACAAAGUUAUUCGCCCAUCGCGAAGAGUGAAACGAGAUAUUUCCGAGCCGAACUUACGAUCGCGUUCAGAAAUAGGUCACGAAGGAGCUUGUUCUUCCAAGAUAAAUUGUAGAAGUUUGGAAAAUAUUUUAGAAGAAGAAACGACAGAUUCUCGAAAUAAUCUCUCGAGAGUCAAAUUGGAUGGACCUCGGGAUAAUUUUGAAACAAUGAUCGAUGAUGAAGUUUCGUCUAUAAUAAUAAACAAAUCUAUAGAUAAUAAUGUGACUCGUGAGAUAAACAGUGCUGAGUCGAAAGGUGCCAUUCCAAAGAGAUUUGUGGAGCAGAACACAUCGCGUUGCAGAGUGACCGUGAAUCCAAGAUCGGAUGAAGUUCGUAGGCAAAUACCAGUCUCGAGGACCUACUUCUGUUUGAAAUCGAUUCUCAAGCAAAACAAGCGUCGAUACACUUUGAUGACUACCGCACAAGAAUUAGAGCACAUCGAAGAUUGGGAAACCGUAAGGUUGGAUAGGAGUUUCGAGGAGCUUCGAUAUAAUAACUCGCAUUUGGAAUGUGGGAGAAGAAAUAAUGAAAUUGUUGGAUCAAAUGAAGAAAAGGUUCACACGUGUUUGUCACGAGAAUACUUGAAUAAUGCGUCGAGUUCACGAGCGAAAGAUAAAGGACACCUACAGAAUUUUACCUUUGGGAAAGAGAAGUCAUCACCUACGGAACAAAAAUAUGAUUAUUCAAGAACUCUCAUCUUCGCUAGCCCGAUCCAAGAAGUCUGUCCGGACGACCCGUUCGGUGGCAAGAAUGUUGUACCAACAAGAAAUCAAAGCUAUCACGAGGAGAUUUCUAACGUUCCUAUGUUGGUUAAGCUUAGACGAUCUUUUACCGAACGAGAGGGUAUACAUCGACGUCACAGAGACGUUCGUAAGAUCCAUCGGCGUCGUACUUUUGCUGUAGACGCCGAUUAUUCUUUUCCCUUGGUUGAACCUGAGAAUUACGAGACUAUGAAUGGAAAUAUCUAUGUGCCUGGUUAUAAAAAUGGCGUAUCAUUUCCUCCUUACGACGGUUUUACGACCGAUCGACGAACAACAUCGAUAACACAACCGAUCGUUUUAAAAAAUGACUUUCGACCUUCGGCCGAAGGAAAUCUCACAGUCGAAGAACAUUUUUCAGUUGAAGAUGACCAUGAAAAUGAAGCUAGUGGCUGGUCUGUCGAAAAUAACGUUUCACCUAACACACUGACGAGAUCCUUAACAGAACGAAGAACCAAUCCGAAGGAUGGUCGUAAUUCAAAUUUACGAAGAAGCUUCACUGGUAGAGUAGACUCGAUGAAUUGCAGAUCGAUGAACGGUAGACGUACCAACCUUAACAUGGAAACCUCGUUGUAACAAGUCGAUACGAUUAGCUCCUUUUGUACUACGCGCGCUCUGUUCAUAUACUAUAUAUAUAUAUAUAUAUACACACACAUACACACACAUACAUAUAUAUAGUACGAUUGAAGGAGGAGAAUGGGGCCUUCUUUAAACAGUAGAAUAUAUAGUGACUAACGAUUGCUCUUCAAGAUCAUCGCGUUUUCUUCGAACGUUCGAUUUUUAAGUAAAAAUUACCAUACAGAUACAUGAUAAUAUUUUGGGAUGCUAAAGGAAAAGAAUGAAAAAAAGG